GAGUGUUGUUAAACAAGUGGCAUCAUAAACAAUCUCCGUACUGUCAUUUAGUGUUCUUCAUUGAUUUGUAACGUGUAAAUCACAUAUUUAGGGCGUAUUUAAACGUUUUGAAGUCUGAUUUGAACAUGCGCCAACGUGUCGUGAACUUGUUACAAAUCAUAAUGCAGUCUGAGAGUAUUGUUCAGAAACACAACCGCAUAUAAAUAAAUGUGUAGUUGCAGCAGCUAAAACGGAGCUGAAAGAUAUCGGUGGGAUCAAACACAAUGUUAAAGAAAGACCGCUUUACGUUAACGAUAAACAAAUGGUGAAGAAUGUAGUGGGUGAAGGAUCGAGUGAUAGUGAAGUGAGUCGGAGAGUGAGUGUGAAACAAGUGAAGUCGAGUUUAGCGCAAUAUAAAAAGAACGGCAAAAGAAUUAGGAGCAAUGCGAAGAAAAGGGUGACAUUUUCGGACGAUCAGUCUCCGGAAAGGGUCCCGUUUUGGCAGCGUUUCGUCGGAUUCUUCCAUUUGCUCUGGAGUUGCACGAGAACUUCUGUACAGACCGCAUUGCGUCUAACAACGCAGUCAGAAAAUUCCGAACUCGAGGAGUUGGGUGAGCAGCUGCCCCGGUACCGGCCGGACUCGAUCGCAGCCCUGCGGCGAGCCACCCGGUUCACGGAGCCCGAGCUGAAGCGCCUCUACAGGGGCUUCAAGGCAGAGUGCCCCACUGGAGUCGUGAAGGAAGACACCUUCAAAGUCAUAUACUCACAGUUCUUCCCGCAAGGAGCAAAUACUGCACAAUACGCACACUUCGUGUUUAACACGUUGGACCAAGAUAGAAGUGGACUGUUAAGUUUUGAGGAAUUUGUAACUGGCUUGUCGAUACUAUCCCGGGGCACGCUGGAAGAAAAGCUGCGGUGGACAUUCUCCUUGUACGAUAUAAACGGAGACGGGUACAUCACUAAAGAAGAAAUGACCGAGAUCGUCAACGCGAUAUACGACCUCAUGGGCAGAAUCGUGGACCCGUCGGUAGAUGAAGAAAUUAUCCGAGAAAAAGUUGAAAGGCUAUUUCAGAAAAUGGAUCUGAACCGCGACGGAGUUUUGACGCUAGAUGAAUUCCUGGAUUGCUGUCUACGCGACGAAGACAUCUCCCGGUCCAUGGGCGUAUUCGACAGCAACUUCUGACGACCUGCGAGCGGCGCGCGCGCACCCCUCCGUCGCGCUCCGUAGUUGGGUCACUUAGGGUACAUGAUAAUGGACGCUUUGUAUGAGGGGUUGACGAUCUACAAUGAAAUACAUCGCAAAAAAUGCCAACUGCUCUUUCAACUCUAUUCAGGAGCUCGAGCGUGUGUUGGAGCUGGCUGGAUUUGAAUGUAACGAAUUAUUUUAAAUACAUUAUAAUGGCAGACAACUGUUCUGCAAGUUAAAAUCGUAGAUAUUUUAUUCAUUUCUGAGACGUAUUGUUUUGCAAAAUAGGGCUCUACAUGAUUAAUUGUGUAAUAAAUUGGUGUCAAUGUUUAUUUGAUAAAUGUAUAACAAAUUUAACUUCCGUAGAUUUUGUAAGUACGUAUAAUUAAACACGUAAUUAUGCAUAUUAUUUGAAUAUUUUAGUUAAUUUGUAUAAAAUUUAAACGACACUAAGUAUUUAGAUAGACAGUUUUGAAUUAAUGAGACGUCGAAUCUUAGGUAAUUCCUUAACUGAAGUACUUCCUAUGUAUGUGUUGAUUUAGAGGCAUACGUUUAAAGUGUUUGCAGAUUUAAUACUUCUUCUAAUAAUAAGUACCUAUACUCGUGUAUUUUCGCGGAAACUAUCCGAAACACGGUCUUUUAGAAAUUAUAGUGAAUCUAACAGAAUCUUAAAACUAGUUUUUAAUCGGAGUAUCGAUAUUAGAGAUCCAGUUGUAAAUCCUUUUGUCUAUCUAUUAGAUGAUCCACAGAAUACAGUCAGUUACAUAUUAAUGAUCGAUGUUUGCGACCAGUUCUUUGUAGAUUUGUUUAGAUUACUGUGUGUAGAACCUAAACUCGUUUCCUGACUACAUUGUUAAAAUGAAACUUCGAAAUCUAUAAAUGAAAGUAACAUAAUGCGCUAUAUCUUGUAUGUACUUAUUGAUUUUCUUGUGAACUGCUUUUAGACCAUCUCUUAUAUCCUUCUGCUUUCUCUUCUUUUUCAAAUCGUUCCGGCCAUUUUUUAUAGAUGUUUAGAUUGUAAUAUUCAUUUUAAGGUGGUUAUAAUACCGACGAUUUAGAUAUUUUAUAUUUAUAAUUAUUUAGGCAUUGUGUCAUUAAGAUAUACCUCCCAGCGCCGCUUUCGCAAUCUUGUGCUUGUCUUGAAUAAUGUUAAUUAGGUCCUUAUAUAUGGUUGCUAUAUGAGAUUAUCCAUGAAAGGCCUAAGGCUCAGCAAAGUAAUUCAUACCUAUUUAAAUAAAACAGGUCACAACACUGCCAUAAAUUACAAAAUACUUAUUAGAUACCUUUUCAAAAUCAGUUAGCAGGACGUGACUAGUUGAGCCCUCGAUGUAUUUUUCAUUUGCCUUUUCUUCGGGACAAUAAAUGAAAAGAUGAAAAAUAUAAAAGUAACAAUAAAUUUUAAAACACUUUUUAAUGAAUUACAGCUUAUUUACUUUAGUCGUGUCACGUUUCUAUGUCAUAUAAAGAAUUCUUAAAUGUUUUCUAAGAUAAUAAUAUCAUAGACAUGUAAAUAGAUUUGUAAAUAAAAUUUAAUGUAGAAUUAAAUGUGUAUAUUUUCAUAGUAAAUGUUAAAUGGAACCAAUAAAUAGAUGGCAUAUUAAAUAUUGUCUAAUAUGGUAUUGUCCAACCAACUUCUUGCAAACUUAAAAGAACAAUAUUACUAUGAAAUAUCAAUGUGAUUAAAGAAGUGAUGAUAAAAUACAUAAUAGAGUAAACCUACCAAUUAAAAGUUUAUUUUUAAUGUUGGAUAUUCAAAUAACUAUUCUUCUUAACUGCACUUACAAAGUACCUACUUGUUUAUAUUUAAACCACAUGAAAUAUUUUGUUGUACAAUUUUAAACAUCAUUAUUGGUCGAGCUUACAUAGAUAAGAAAAUUUAUGUAUGUGUCUUCCUAAACAAAUUAUGUUUCUAUUCUCCUUUAUGGUUAAUAGCCAAAUUAAAACUGGCAGUGAAUUGUUCACACACAAAAAACGAUGUAUAAUAUGAAGAGUUAAUAAUACUGUUCAAAUAGGUACCAUAAGAAUAAUAAAUUGAUGUUGCUAAUUUGUGUUUUUGAUCGAGGAUGAUUACAAUACUUUUUGUUUUAUUAGAUUCCACCCCAUUUGAUUAAUUUAUUAAUUCAAGUAGGUGUUUCUUUUUUAUCCCUUUACCUAUUCGAACAGUUGUAAUGGACUAGCUAUGUACUAAAAAGUCUUAUGAUGAAGAUAAGUAUAAAAUGUUUAGAUAAAAACAAUGUAGAAAGUACUUAUUACGAAUGAAUUAUUAUUCUGACCUAUAGAAACUUAAAAACGAUUUCAUUAAAUUAUAGACAGUAACUUUUUUGUUGAGUUUCGAAAUAAAAAUACAGACCUUAUUAUCAUAAGUGUUAAGUCUAAAAUAUUAGUGCCAAAUGUUUACCGAACAGGCGAAUGUGUAAAUUCUGUCUUUCAUGAAAAUGUAUUAUGAAAUUAAAAUAAAUGUCAUGGUUUAAUUAAAUUUAAUCAUGUCAUGCUUCAAGCAAGUUCUUUUAAUAAAGCAGUGUGUGUUAUUUAUUCAGGAUUUAUAUAGGCCUAUUUAGGAGAUUAAAUUUAAAGUUCGAUUUUGUCUAAGGUCCAUGUACUUACUUACUAGUGUAAAAUCUACAGGUACUUGAUGUUAGAGUAGCCUCUGUUUUGUCCUAUAGGACCCCACUGUGUGUUACCAUGCAUGUGAUGUCAUAUCUAACGCGAUUGUUGCAGCUAUUGUUGUAGGAUUUUCAGUUACAAAGAACACAAUGAAGNGAAAGAACACGAAAGAAAAAUGUCCUUACUAAAACUAAUAAUAAUAUAUUUUCUCUAAAUUCGUUGAAUUACAUUCUUUGUUAAAUACUCUGUAAACUGUUUUGUUCAAUAUGAGUCUCAUAGAAUCAAUCAGUAGUCUAUUGACAACAAUUUAUAACAUCGAUUUUUAUUUGGUUUUGUUUCUAGAAAAAGAACAACAUAUCAGUCACUAAUUGCCAUUUUUCACAAAUUUUUUUAAGUUUUUUAUUAUUACUUUAUUAUUUCAGAUUUAUUGUAAACCAUGAAUAAAAAAUAAUGUAAGGUAUUAAUUGCUAUGAUUGAAUUUUACCUAUUUAAUUAGUGUGAAAGUAAUUAAAGUACAUAAUAUAACAAUAUAUUAUGUUCAUGAAAGAAAUCAUUUAAGUAUUUGAACAAUGAAUUGUUUAUUUACAAAUCGUAUGUGUAUUUUAUAGAAAAAUAAAGUAAUUAAAACCGAUUGUGUUUUGUUUUCUCUAGAUUAUGACCUAUCUCUGGGACUAUUGAUGCAAAUUGACGAACGAGAGAAAAAAAAACAAAUAGUGCAUUCAAUAAAGUUUAUUUUAAAAUUAAAUUACAUUAAUAUGUAUCUCUAUCAAUUAUUACAAAAUAAACAAUACAUAAUGUACUGGAGAAUAGUACCUACCUCAAUUUCUUACAUGACAAAUUUUGAGCUCGUAAUAUCAUGUUCAUUUGCGCUAGUUUUGUUUCCUAAGUUGACUGAAGGUAUAAAAUCUCAAAAUAUUACAUAUUUUUAUGGUGAUGGUUCAGUCUUUUUUUCUAAUGUAAUGGAUGAAGAUGAACAUUCAGAAAUAUCUGAGUAUUCUAUUUACAUUAAAGCUCGUCAAAGUAGAUAAUUAGAUAUGUUAAGAUUACUUUUAAAGAUAACCAUUGUGAUUAAUUAAAUUUAAUGAAUGUCAUGUCAUACACAAAAAUAAGGCAGAUCUUGUUUCGUUCCGUAAGAAUAAUGAAUUUAAACACAAUAUUUUAGUUAGGCAUUAUAAAAAAA